AUGGUCUCCGCCAAGAAGCACAUCCCGAUCGUGAAGAAGCGCACCAAGCGCUUCUUUCGUCACCAGUCCGACCGCUUCAAGUGUGUGCCGGAGGCAUGGCGCAAGCCCAAGGGUAUCGACAACCGCGUCCGUAGACGCUUCAAGGGCUCGAUCCCUAUGCCAUCCAUUGGUUAUGGCAGCAACAAGAAGACCAAGCACAUGAUGCCCUCGGGCCACAAGGCUUUCCUCGUCCACAACCCCAAGGACGUUGAGCUCCUGCUCAUGCACAACCGCACCUACGCCGCUGAGAUCGCCAGCGCCGUCUCCUCCCGCAAGCGCGUUGAGAUCCUGGCCAAGGCCAAGGCCCUGGGUGUCAAGGUCACCAACGCCAAGGCCCGUGUCACCACCGAGUCAUAG